AAAAAGUGGAAUGACCGUCGAUGAGGUCAACGAGAUGACGUCAAAGGCUCUGGGGUCUGGGGACAAGCCAGAUGAGAACGCGAGGAGAUGGCAAUCAUACCGUACCGCCGCAAAAUGGUUUGACUGGCUGAUUGAGAAGUUGGAAGGUGUAUUGAAGCACCGUGCAGGCAAGCUCUUUCUUUUAUGUACGUGACGUGGAUAUCAGUAUGUUUCGAGAAUUCGUCUCGACUACGGCACGGCGGGCCUAUGUGCUCGAAAAGCUUCAGGAACGAACAAAAGGUUUAGGGAAGAACUUGCAAGACGUUGGAGUUUCGCUCCGCCCGGCAUUUCUCAUUGCAAAUACGGGUCCUUGGGAGUUUAAGAUAGCUCUGGAAGCUUUCGAGACUGCGCUUACUCCGGAGAUCUAUAUUGCCAGCCUGAACGCUGUCGAGUCCUUAAGCCACAUGGCUCUGAAAUGUCAAGCAGUCUCUUCAAACGAACCGCGAAAAGGUCUGACAAAUUUUCCGCCAGUGCUGGCACUACAAUGGCAGGAUGGAUAUCAGUGUCCACGAGCACAGAAACGUACAAGGGACUGGAUAUCGAGGGCAUCGAGCACGACUCCCCAGAGAAGGCACAAGCGACAGUCGACUAACGUAGCACGGGGACAACAAAGUCUCUAUGACAACCACCACAUUAGCGGCGAUUCAGGCAUCGGCAGUCCGCAAUCUAGUGGAGACACAGACAACGGCCAAAUGAGCGACGCUUGUGAUUCAGGCAUAGACAAUCCGCAGUCUAGUGGAGGUGCAGACAACGACCAAUUUGGAGAUGUUGAGGGUCUAGGCACGGGUCAAAGUAUUGGCAGUGCAGAGUUCGAUAAUAUUCGAUGCUCGGCUACGGACGAAAAGACAGUCGCCGAAAACGUCCAAGAGGCCCAAACGGCCAGCGCACCAGUCAUCACUGUUGACGCAGGCUGUUUCCACCUCAAUGAUAACACAUACAUCCCAUCUGCUUCAUUUGGCGCACAGCUUUUGAUGGCUGCCAGAAACUUGAACAUGCAGACAACCGUGCAGUGCACUUCUCAGCAUGCUCCUUUCCUUUCUCAUACCAAUAUGGAGGGCGUCGUACCAACGUCGGGGAUAAUGCAAGGAGGACACGAGGAAGUGGAAGACUUGUACAUGUUUCGUUGGGAUGGGGUUGAUAUCAUGGAUCUGGACUUCCUCAAUACCAACAAUGGCCCUGGGGGUCCUAUAUAGCUAGCAUUUCUCAUCUGACCAGCUAUCUUGUCCAAACUUCUCAAUAUACUGCUCCUUCAGAUAGCAUCGUAUCCACAAGCAAGGCAAACCGUUCUGAGAUUCUGCCUUGGCUAAUCCUACGUGUUGGUCAAGGAUGGACACUUGAGGCAAAGUGGUAGUAAACUGCUCGCCUUGUUGU